CUCUGCACUAAUUAAAGAUUUUUUUUCUUAUUUUGAUUGUAGUUAGGUGAAUAAAUUUACCGCUUAGGUAUUGUCAAAAACGAAAUCAACACCCUCAACAUCAUUGGACGCAAGAAGCAACGGAAAUUCUUCCUUGAGGGUGGCUAUUGUUGCAAGUACAGUUUCACUUGGUGGGAUUAUACUUGCAGUUGUAGUCGCAUGUCUUUUGAGAUUGAAACUACUCGCCAAAGAGAAUAUGAGAUGCAGCCUUUAAGUGCAGCAGGUUAAUUAUUAGAAAAUAUAUAUUAUUGAUCGCAUAACAUUUUCUUUUAUUCCUUAUAAUAAUCUUAUCAUCUUUGUAUGUCCUCUUUGUAGACCCGAUUGGCAUUUCCAGCAUGUCCUCCCGUUAUGAUUUUGAUACAAUUAAAGUCAUAGCCAAUGAUUUUGCUAGUGAAAUUGGGAGCGGUGGAUUUGGUUGUGUAUAAUGAAGCUAAGCCCAUGCAUUUUGAAUUUAGUUGCCAAUCUUUACAAAAUUUAUCUUGUUAUUUUACAAUUAUUAUGUUACUUUUAUAAAUUAAACCCUAAACUUUCUUUCUUUCAUUAGAGCAAGCUUCCUAUGGGGGAGGAAGUGGCUGUAAAAAGGCUCUCUGAAACCUCCCAACAAGGCGUUAAAGAGUUUACAAAUGAAGUUGAAAUCUUCCUGAAGCUUCAACACCGAAAUCUUGUUCGAUUGCUGGGAUACUGUUGUGAGGCCACAGAAAAAAUACUUGUUUAUGAGUUUGUCCCCAACAAAAGCCUUAACUUCUUCAUAUUUGGUUAGUUUCAUAAACAUAUAUUCGGUAGGCUUUUGUUGGGGACUAACCAAAUAUGAAGAAGUUAAGGCUUUUGUUGGGGACAAACUCAUAAACAAGUAUUUUUUCAGUUGCCUCACAACAGUAUCCCAACAAUCGAACCAGAUUUCGGUGUUGAAGCUUCAGGAGGAUUUCAACUUCAUUUAUAAACUCUUUAACCCCUUGUUGGGAGGUUUCAGAGAGCCUUUUUACGGCCACUUCCUCCCCCGUAGGAACCUUGCUCUAAUGAAAGAAAGAAAGUUUAGGGUUUAAUUUAUAAAAGUAACACAAUAAUUGUAAAAUAAUAGGAUAAAUUUUGUAAAGAUUGGCAACUAAAUUCAAAAUGCAUGGGCUUAGCUUCAUUAUACACAACCAAAUCCACCGCUCCCAAUUUCACUAGAAAAAUCAUUGGCUAUGACUUUAAUUGUAUCAAAAUCAUAACGGGAGGACAUGCUGGAAAUGUCAAUCGGGUCUACAAAGAGGACAUGCAAAGAUGAUAAGAUUAUUAUAAGGAAUAAAAGAAAAUGUAAUGCGAUCAAUAAUAUAUAUUUUCUAAAAGAUAGCAUGUAAGCGUUUAGGCGAAUUGUCAGAGCGUCUUGGAUCAGGGCCUUGGCAUAUUUUUUGGACCAAUCUUCUGUUGUUUAUAUGUAAAAUAUAUAAAAAUUAGUCUAUUGU